CUCGAGUCCUGUCUCUGAGAAGAAGAGUGUAAAAAGGAAGCGCCUUUUUUUUUGCCUCUGUCUUAAUUUCACAGAGGAGACAAAAAGCGAUGUCGCAACUCUUAUCUUCUCCUCUGAUGGCUGCAAGUUACAAUCCUUUUGCUAGCCCUCGCUUUCUCUCUUCGUCUUCUUCAGUACUCGUCCCCGGCGGCGGCGGCGGUCUCGCCGUGAAACGACAUGGACUAGCUUCGAAACCGGUGAGGAAGUUGAAUCUCUCGGUGAAGUCCCGGCAGACGGAUUACUUCGAGAAGCAGAGGUUCGGUGACUCGUCUUCUUCUUCACAGAACGGUGAAGGAGCACCGGCUAGGUUUUACGUGGGUCAUUCGAUCUACAAAGGGAAAGCUGCGUUAACAGUGGAGCCAAGAGCACCGGAGUUUGUGUCUUUAGACUCUGGAGCUUUCAAGUUGUCGAAAGAUGGGUUUCUACUGCUUCAGUUUGCUCCUGCAGCUGGUGUAAGGCAAUACGAUUGGAGCAAGAAACAGGUGUUCUCAUUGUCGGUUUCAGAGAUUGGAACUCUAGUUAGCCUAGGCCCGAGGGAGUCUUGUGAGUUCUUCCAUGAUCCUAACAAGGGGAAAAGCGAUGAAGGAAAGGUGAGGAAAGUGUUGAAAGUUGAGCCUCUCCCUGAUGGUUCUGGCCACUUCUUCAACCUAAGUGUUCAAAACAAGCUUUUGAAUGUUGAUGAGAGCAUUUACAUACCAAUCACUAGAGCAGAGUUUACUGUUCUGGUCUCUGCUUUCAAUUUCGUCUUGCCUUACCUUAUAGGCUGGCACGCAUUUGCGAACUCCAUCAAACCAGAAGAGACAAACCGUACGAACAACGCUUCACCUAACUAUGGAGGAGACUAUGAAUGGAAUAGAUAGAUGAAUUUUCUAAGGGCCAUAGGAGAAUAAUCUUAUCCUUGUUUGCGGAUAGUGUUCUUGAAGAAUGUUCUUUGUUCGUAGCUAGCAGAAUAGACUAAAAGUAGUGCUUUGCUUUUUUGACCAAACGUGGAAAUGAAAAACAAGAUCUUUUGUGUUACGCUCCGUUGUAUUGUAUCUCAAAACAUCAGUUGAUUUGUCUUGUCUUA